AUGAAGGUUCUCAGCACUCUCUUCCUCCUUACAGCCGUCGUUGCUGCUCUCCCACAGCCACAGGAGUCUGUUCCUUCGGACAACGACACUUCAAUCGACGUGUUCUACAACGGAACAGCGUGCAACGACAUCGCUUGCGUCACCCUUGAAUUCCCUGAGGAUCUGGGUUACACUUACGACAACACGUCGUCGCUGGCAGAGAACACGACGGACAUCGACACGAGCAACCCUCUCCAGCGUCGCAAGGGCAGGACCGAUGCUCUAGCCCUUGCUGCCGAUGUCCUCCAUUACUACUCCUCCCAGUAUGAGGAGUGGCUCAAGGAUCAAACGAGACGUCGGGACUUCACUCGGGGUCUCUCUUCGAAGUUGAGGGAUGAUACUGGCUGCAACAUCUUCGUCUGCAAUGUCGGCUACACCGUAUCUACCCCGUGCGACUACGUCGGCAACGUCCAUCUUGACCUCAAGCAAAAGGAUGCUACGGUUGUCACGUACAGCAUCUGCUUCGCGAACAUCCUGACAUUCCACCGCCAAGGUGAUGGAGGCUUCGAGAACUGGGCGUGGGCUACGGCUGGGGCCAACUCUUGCGUGGCUCGAUCUGAUCCCGCAUAUGUUGACUGCAAAUACUCCUCUCCAAGGUGCGAGAAGCCGGAUGCUUAG